AUGGGUUUCCACAUCUCCUCAGAAAACAUCACUCUCCGCAACCGCCACAUCCUAAGCUGCCGCUGCGAGCGACCCGAUGGAUCAUGGUCCUACUCACGACUAGACCUGAACGAAUGCCUAGGAAACCACAACGGCAAGUUCUUCUGGGGUGGCGCCAACUUCGCACACAGCGCAUCGCAGGUCCACCUCUCGAUCGAGGGGAAAGACGGUACGCCGUGGCUUCAUGCACAAUUGAAUGACCGGCAUGGGGGUACACAGUCGGCUUCUGCUCAAUUUGAACUUACACUGCAGGUCAUUCGGUUUGAGUGGAGAUCGACCGGCGCUGGGAACGAAGGACCUGGGAACGACAAGUUCACCUUUCGAACCAGUGGUUGUAUUGUUUCCGAUAGCACUCAGAACCCACCUACCAUCGGCCCUAUGCGACGAGUUGACCAUAAGGCUAUGCUUGACAGAUGGUUUAUUCAUCAAGACCCUGACGAUGACCCUAUGUAUAUCGAGUGUGCAGUUUCCAGCGACCCAAAACAAUUCUGCAUGUUUAUGCUCAUACACCCCGAACAUAACCCGAUUUCUCAAGGUCUCGCAGCGCUUUUACGUCAGCUCAUUAGCUGGAUUCCUGAGCCCGAUGGAAUCGAUCCCUUCGUUCUUGCGCAUCCAGAUUUUGACAUACAGAACUUUAUUGUAUCGGAAGAAGGCGAGCUCCUAGGUCUCAUUGAUUGGGAUGGAGUUGCAACUGUGCCCCGUAGUCUCGGAAACGAGAGAUAUCCCGGAUGGCUCACAUGCGAAUGGGACCCAGCCAUGUACGGAUAUAAGGGAUCUAUGGAACACGGGGACGAAGCAGAAGGUGUAUGGGAAAAUUCACCACAAUGUCUUGCCCUCUAUCGCAGCAUCUAUGAUGGUAUAAUGGCAAGAUAUCGUGUGGUGAGGAUACCUGGUUUUGAGACCAACAUAUGUCGAAUGUCCCUUGUGGCAGAAAAUCUAGCCAUUGCGGCAGAUAAUUCUCCGCGGAGAAAUGUAAUUUUACGCAAGAUAGUGGAAGAAAUCUGGGCCACUGCGGGGGAAGGGGAGGAAGCGGAUUUCAUGGACUUGGCCAACAUGUUUGUAGAGUACAAAGUGGAUGUUCUGUUAAUGGAGAGGCUCGAAAAGGGCUUUCAUAUUCUGCUAUCAAAAGAAGGACUAUAUAUAGGAUGCGUGGCGGAAAUCGAUGCUGUCCAUAUCUAG